AUGCUUGGAUCGACGCAUUCAUUCAAGAAUCUAGUAGAAGACAUCAGAAAAUCAGAAUAUGAUGAUGCAAAUGAAAAAGCAGAUGGUUCUACUUAUAAAUCAGUCGAUGCGGCUUCUCUCUCGGAACCUGCUAUCAUGUUUACGCCCCGACCUGUUAGUGAGCUUAAUGUUUCUGCCGUCAAGAUUCAAAAAGUAUACAAGAGCUACCGGACUCGAAGAAACCUUGCAGAUUGUGCAGUUGUAGUAGAGGAGCUAUGGUGGAAAGCCUUGGACUUUGCAGCUCUCAAAAGAUGCUCUGUGUCUUUCUUCAAUGAUGAGAAACCAGAAACUGCUGUUUCACGGUGGGCUAGAGCUAGGACGAGAGCAGCCAAGGUUGGAAAGGGAUUGUCUAAGGACGAGAAGGCUCAACAACUUGCCAUACAGCACUGGCUUGAGGCUAUUGAUCCACGCCAUAGGUACGGGCACAAUUUACAUCUCUAUUAUGAUAUCUGGUUCAAAAGCGAAAGCGCACAGCCUUUCUUUUACUGGUUGGAUGUCGGAGAUGGAAAAGAACUAAAUAUUGACAAGUGCUCACGGGCCAAUUUGCAAAGGCAAUGCAUCAAAUAUCUGGGACCGAAAGAAAGAGAAUUAUAUGAAGUCGUGGUUGAAAACGGGAAGCUCGUGUACAAACAAAGUUGUUCUACCUUGGACACCAUUGAAGGUUCAAAAUGGAUAUUCGUUCUUAGCACAACAAGAAUUCUGUACGUAGGCAAGAAGAAGAAAGGUCUGUUUCAGCAUUCAAGUUUUCUUGCUGGCGGGGCCAUCACUGCAGCUGGAAGAUUGGUUGCUCAUGAUGGUGUUCUUGAGGCAAUUUGGCCAUAUAGCGGUCACUACCAUCCAACAGAGGAGUGCUUCAGCGAAUUCAUAAGCUUCCUGGAGGAUAAUGGCGUAGAUCUUACUAAUGUAAAGAGAUGUGCAAUCGAUGAUGACUGCCCUCCUUUUCAUAAGGAUGCCAAUGAGGAAUCAAUUCCAAGACAAUCAUUAGGUGGUUGUGGAGACGAUCAAUCCAAGAAUGUAAGCACAUCUGAUGUAGAUGGCCGAAGUACAGGCACUGAUGAAAUGGAUAAACCAGUUUAUAACUUGGCUAAGCACAUGUCCUGCAAAUGGACUACUGGAACCGGACCACGCAUUGGAUGUGUCCGGGAAUACCCUGCAGAUUUGCAAUUCCAAGCACUUGAACAAGUUAACCUUUCACCUAGGGCGCCUUGUGGACCUAUCAGCAACUAUGGUGCAAUCCCAUCACCACGACCAAGUCCUAAGAUUCGACUCUCUCCUAGGCUUGUAUGUUUGGGACAGCCUAGUCCAAGGACCCCUAUUCCAGCAGCUACCUAA